AUGGUGUUCAUCGACCUUGAAAAGGCAUAUGACACUGUCCCACGGCAACUGAUUUGGGAUAGUUUGGAGGGUCGAGGGCUACCUGGGAAGUAUAUUGACAUAAUUAAGGAUACAUACGAUAGAACGGAAACUAGUGUCCGCACGCCUGUGGGGGAUACAAACUCCUUUCCUGUGGACGUAGGACUCCAUCAAGGAUCUGCGUUGAGCCCUUUUCUCUUUGCGGUGGUCUUAGAUGAGUUGUCCAACUUGAUCCAGGAGCCAGUCCCGUGGUGCAUGCUUUUUGCGGACGAUAUUGUGUUGAGUGCAGAAACUAAACAGUGCCUGAACGCGAGGGUAGAGGAGUGGCGAGUCGCUCUAGAGGGCAAGGGCCUAAGGAUUAGUCGAUCUAAGACUGAGUAUCUACACUGUGAUUUCAGUGGUGUAGCCGAUGACGAUGACACCCAAAUCACCAUUGAGGAUCAAUUGGUCCCACAGGCAACUAAAUUUAAGUAUUUAGGGUCGUUUGUACAAAGGGAUGGUGACAUAGAUAGUGAUGUAACCCAUCGCAUACAGGCUGGCUGGUGUAGAUGGAGGGCAGCAAGUGGAGUAUUGUGCGAUAGGAGAUUCCCAACUAAACUAAAGGGGAAGUUUUACAGGGUAGCAGUUAGACCAGCUAUGCUAUAUGGAACAGACUGUUGGGCUAUCAAGAAGACACAAGCGCGCAAGAUGGAGGUAGCAGAGAUGAGGAUGCUGAGCAAGGAACGGGGAAGAGCAAUCAUGGUAACGAGGAAGCACAGAUUGUUGCAGAUCGUUAAUGGUAGUCAGGAUUUGGAGAAAACGCCUAAAAAACCCGACAAAAACCCAUUCUUUAAGCUAGUGAAAAUGUCAUUCGAACCUCAACCUGUAUCUGAAACACUCGAAGACUGGGACUUCGACGAACCUCAACCUGUAUCUAAAACACUCGAAGACUGGGACUUCUACGGAACACUCGCUUUGCCAAAAAACGAGGUUGGUGUUAAUAUAGUGUCUCGUCUAGAGUAUCAUUUGCAAAGUAAACUCCUUUGCAAAGAAGAAGUUUUGGAUGUUGUUUUGAUCCCCACAACAGAUGAAGCCUCUUCGUCUAAUCAUCACAAAGUAUCGUUAUAUAAAGGCAACUCAACCUUUAUGUUAACAAACUGUCAAGAUAUUUUAAAAGAUUAUCAUUUAAAGGCGAGUGAUAUAGUUAUGUUCCAACUUAAGGAAGUCAAAGGCGAAGAUUUGUAUGUUUAUUUCUCGUUUCUCAGGAACUCAAUAGGCGAUGAACAUAAGAACUCGCAGAGCGAUGAACAUAGUAAUAAUUCACAAGAACAUAAGAAUUCAUAG